AUGAAUGCCUGGCUCUCCGACGCCGCGACUGCGAACAUAACUAACCACGACAAUGGCGCUUUCACUAAUAACCCGACCAUCGACCCAUCGAUGGCCUUCCUUCAUCAAUCACCUACCUCUGCCGAUCCUGCCCAGUUCCAGCGCAUGUUCAAUAAUGGCGGCCCCCCGACUAUGUCGCCCGGCUUCCACAACCCCAACUCAGUGAUCCCUUCUAAACGACAGCGUCCCGAUGAUGGGAUGUCCAUGUCUCCUAGGCUUGCCCCUGGUGGUUUGCCUAAUUCUCGUUCGCACACCCCUCAAGUGCCAUAUCCGGGUUAUCAGGGCCAACAGAUAAAUGGAGCAUCGCAAUUUCCUCAGCCGCAGCAUGCGCCAACUCCUUACCAGCACCUACAACCGGGAAGCUCGGCUAAUGCGAGCCCAUCCCCUAUACUCCCGGAAUUUGAUCAGCAAGCUGUGCAACGGGUGCAAACUGCGUCUCCUAGUCCGUUUUCGCCCGCUGGAAUCCAUGUUGGCCCACAAAUUUCUCCUUCACACUCUGAUCAUGGCAGUCGCGUCAAUACUCCACAGAACAGCCCCUUCCCCCCAGGCCAACCUUAUGGCCAGGUUGUCGGAUCCCAUUUCUCGCCAUCACCUGCAAUGACUUCCGCUGGCAUUCAUCCUGCGAUGCAAGCGCAAUUCAACCAAAGCGGUGCUUCCCAUCUCCCGCAAGGAUUUCCUCAUCAGCCACAGCAACAGCAGCAGCAACAACCACCACCACAACAGCAACAGCAAAUGUCUUCGAAACAGCGGCCUUAUCAAAUUCGGCUCCAAAACCAAGCGCGCCAGAUGCAGGCAGUUGCCACUCCUGUUUCAGUGGGGCGUCCAAUUGGCCCUGGUGGAACGGGGCAGACCCCUAUGCAACAUCCCCAUAUGGCGACCAUGCGACAAAUACAGCAAAAUAUGGCUAAACCUACGAGUCAAGAAGGGUUUCUACAGGUCCUUCAACGGUUCUGGAUGUCACGGGGCCACCCUCAAGUCAACCUGACCCCCGUCGUCAGUGGACGACCUCUCAAUCUGAUGCAGCUAUAUGCGACUGUCAUGAAGAUGGGUGGCUCAAAAAAAGAUUAUUGCGACAAACUUGUGGCCUGUGUGGACCAACAACUUCAGUUUCCCGCCAUGCAGUAUCCAACAGCAGCGCAGGAGAUCCGUGAACACUACAUGAACUCCCUCGCGCAAUAUGAACAAGCGUGGUUAAGUUCGCAGCAGAAGCAAUUCACAGAUCAGAUGCACGGUAGUUCCCAGCGGGAUCCUCUAGAAGGCCCUCUCGGCAUUAACCCUCAAGUGUCACCCGCCAAGCCCAUGGGCAACCAUUCGUUCGACAUGCCCAUGCCCCAACAAUUCUCCCCGGUCUCGGCUCAGAACCAGCAAGUACAAUCGCAUAACCACGCCCCUCCUAUACCGGUAAAUGGCUUCGCGACUCCGUCACAAUCUAAAUCCCAACAGCAGAAGCAUACUAGCCAUCAGCAACGAUCGAGUUUGUCCCGGCCACCAGAGUCGAUGUCUCCUAAUGGACGGGUUGCCCAGUUUUCAGCAUCCCCUAUCCAAGCGGAGAAAAAACCCAGUCCCGUUGUAACAAAAUCACAAUCUGGCAGCGGCGGUAUGGCGGGUGAGGAGCUGACGAGCACAUCUUGGCGACGACCUAUAGAAGACACGUUCAAACCUGCUGUGUUUCCUGAAAGCCAAUAUCAUGGGCCUAUUAUUGUGGACGAAAUGUUCCAACUAGGCGAAGAAAUUAUACGAUUGAAACCUAAUGUACCUAGUUUUUUGGAACUUGGGGUAAUCGAUAUUCACGCUCUGACCAUGAGCAUUAAAUCGGGCAUUCACGCCGAGAUGCGCAUGGCGUUGGACACCUUGACGGAGAUGUCUAAUGAACGAUCGAUACAGGUUUCACUCGAUAAUUGCGAAGACCUCGUUGAAGCACUGGUCGAGUGCGCUGAGGAACAAGCAGAGCUUCUUGCGGAGAACGCGGCUGAAGUUUCCGAUGUUAUGCUCUUUCCGUCGUAUGAAGAGGUUUUCCGAGGCUGUCGGCAAGAGAUGGAAGCUUUGCUGGAUGUACCAGAGUUUGGCAGCCUAGAUUAUGAACUCGAUCGCGCCGUGGACCGGCUCAUCUGUAUCACCACCAUCAUACGAAACUUCUCCUUCGCUGAAUCGAACCUGGCUUCGCUGGGAACAAGAAACAUGUUGUUACGAACUCACCAAAAUACCCUGGAUUUCAUGAAAGACGCCGUCAUUUACCUCAGCAAUCUGUCUCAUUCUAUUCAACUUCCUGGAAAGGACGAAGCACUCUGUUUAUUACAUUUCCUUUUAUCCUUUGCCCCGACUCCUGUCCCAACCUCUUUCGGUAAUAACACUAUUAUGUUCACGCCAUACAACCCAAGCAUACACAAAUAUUUGCCUGCCGCUGUAGACAGCUUAGCCAAACUACUUGCGCGAGACGACCCAAAUCGCACCUACUACAAAGCCAUCUUCGCUCAGGACUGCGCCUCAUCACCCCCCUAUGAACUCCUCACACGAACCUUGGGCCUCUCCAUCGCCGCCAUCCCAAAGCACAUGCGAGGAAACAUCGUUGGCCUAGUCGACGCCCGCAAACCACUACUCAUGCAGGGCAUGCUCGCCGCAGAGAUCCUCUCCGGCUUCGCAGAUAACACCAUCGCGCGCUCCUGGCUCGAAUCGACCGAUGGCUUUGCCACCAGCCUGCUCCGCCUCGCCUGUCUCCUGAGCAUAGAUCGCACAGCAGGGAACGCCUCCGCUUCUUCGGUGACCGCGUCGUCAGCAACGGCAGUGUCGCACCGGCACGGUAGCCACCCAGGCGCCCGGGCUGCGGAGGUGGAAUUCCAUGGCUAUGGGUCCAUCACGUCGCGGGCACUAGCGACCCUUGUGCGCCUUGCGCGGAAGUCGAGGAUGGCGGAUUCUACUAGCGGUGGCGGUAAUAAUAAUGCGGGAGGGAGUGGAAGUGGAAGUGGAAAUGGGAGUAAAGAGGGUGAAGUUCCGUUGGGAGUGUUGCCGAAGAAGGAGAAUUUGCUCGGCGCACUUUUGACGCCAAAUAUUGACCCAAAUGUUGUGAGGCAGCUUUGUGAAUAUGCGGGGUUGGGAGGUUGA